AUGAGCUCGAAGAGAGGAAAGGUUAAACGCACCAAAAAUGUGCGUAAUUUGGACUUGGACGAUGCGCCUUCUUUAGCGCAGACAAUAAUCGAGAAAAAUCAUCCAAAUAUUAUACCUGGAGGGCGACAGUUAGACAGGACACCUCCAUGUAAGAGUGAAAGAAUCACAAUUCACCAGCUCAGCAAACCAGACGCUUCUCCAACACCAGCAGAACAAGCGGUCAAAGAUGAGCCACGUGCUCAGGAAAUUGCUAAACCUAUUUCUCAGAAUGGAUCAAGCGAAGAGCGAGAUGAGGGGAAGUCCAUCAGGAGGUCUAGUUCAAUAGUUGCAUCAGCAACAACCGGGAAUGCUGACCCCGAAAGCUUCAUCCAGGGAAUGCAGGGAUACCAAUGGACGGACGCAGACCUGGAGUUUGUAUAUGAAACCAAAAGGAAAAAGCAAGUUCAACAGGCACAGCAAGAGUUAAUUGAAGUGCAGAAAUUUCUGAAGAGAAUGAGGCAAAUGCAGGACUUGGCCAUUGCUGCCCAUGUCAAAAUACAAACAGAGCUCUCUAAGGUGCCGUCAUGUGAUUGGAUGCAACAGAUUUCCAAUAAAAUACUUCUGAGGUCCCAGAACUCCAGUCAGCUGGAAGGACUUGAUUUUAAAGCUCGACUUGCUCAGCUAAAGUACGCUGAUGUGAUCUGCACUAUAGCCGAGGAGAAGACAGAGGUCAGCAAACUCAAGACAGAACUGGAAAAGGCACAAGCAAUGAGAGAAAAGGAGGACCAACUCACAAAGGAUAUUGACAGGUAUAAAGAAAAGAUCAGUCAAAUCAAGGUGAAUGUACAUACACUGACUGCAGAAAUGGCUGCUCUGGAAUUCCAGCUGUCUGGUAAAGAGGAGGCACUACAGCCAGCUAAACAACUGCAGAAAGUCAGAAAAGGCCUCCAAACCUCUGCUGCCUCUAAUGCCACUAAAGCCCAUCCAGCACCCAAACCUUCUGCAUCUGCCUCGAAACCUUCUAGUGCUGCUUCUGUCCUGAAACCUACUAGUGCCACUUCUGCAACGAAACCUUCCAGUAUUGAUUCUGCCACCAAACCUUCUAGUGGCGCUUCUGCCAAAAAAACUUCCAGAUCCACUUCUGCCCCCAAACUCUCCAAUGCCGCUUCUGCCCCUAAACCUUUCAGUGCCGUUUCUGCCCCCAAACCUUCCAGUGCCAAACUUUCAAGUGCCGCUUCUGCCCCUGAACCCUCCAGACCAACUAAUGUCGCUUUUGCCCCUGAACCCUUCAAACUUUCCAGAUCCCCUUCUGCCCUCAAAUCUUCCAGCACCUCUUCUGCCCCUGAACCCUCCAAACCAACUAAUGCCACUUCUGCACCCAAACCCUCCAGUGCUCCUUCUGCCGCCAAACCCUCCAAAUCUUCCAGAGCUGCUGCUGCCGCCAAAUCCUCCAGAGCUGCUUCUGCCGCCAAACCCUCCAAAUCUUCCAGAACUGCUUCUGCCUCCAAACCCUCCAAAUCUUCCAGACCUGCUUCUGCCCCAAAACCCUCUGAACCCUCAACUGUACCUAAACCCCCAAAAUCCCUUGCAACCCCAAACCCAUUCAAACUACCUGCUACCAUGAAAGACUCCAAAACUCUCAAACCCACCACAGGCACAAGGGCUCCAGCGGAUGAUAUUGCUGGUCUGCGCCGCUCUAAAAGAAUUGCUUCUAAGAAAGAUAAGUAAUGAAUUUGUUCGGAAUCUUUUUCUUACUCUUAUUUAUGAUGCCAUUUUUGUGUUGAAAUCAUGUUUUUG